UUCAGCUCAGCUCACCAAAGUUGAAUUAUUCCCACCUAAGCAGCAGACAGGAACUCAAAAACUUUACAAGAAAGCAACCUUAGAAUUGGAAGUACAGUAUCAAACAAGUUUCUUUAGUUCCUCUCUGCGUCGUUUUGGGAUCUUAAGAAAUGGAUCAAAUCCAACACAAGUUCAUACAAGUUGACGAUGGUGUAAAGCUUCACGUAGCUGAGAUUGGAAGUGGGCCAUCAGUUGUUCUGUUCCUUCACGGAUUCCCUGAGAUAUGGUACUCUUGGCGCCACCAGAUGAUUGCUGUGGCCAAGGCUGGUUACAGAGCCAUUGCACCUGAUUACAGAGGUUAUGGAUUAUCCGACCCUCCGCCAGAACCCCAGAAGGCCAAUUUUGCUGACUUUAUCACAGACGUCCUUGCUGUCCUUGAUGCUCUGAGUAUCCCCAAGGUUUUUCUCGUUGGAAAAGAUUUUGGAGCCAGUGUAGUUUAUUACUUUGCUAUUUUGCACAAAGAGAGGGUCACAGCUAUAGCAACAUUAGGCGUGCCAUUCAGGCCACCAGGGCCUCCUCCACAUUAUAAGCUUCUCCCGGAAGGAUUUUACGUAACAAGAUGGAAAGAGCCUGGGAGAGCUGAAGCUGAUUUUGGACGCUUUGAUUCAAAAACGGUUGUAAGAAACAUCUACAUUAUGUUUUCCAGGAGUGAAAUGCCAAUAGCUAAUGAAAACCAAGAGAUCAUGGACCUGGUGGAACCAUCCACUCCUCUUCCUUCUUGGAUGACAGAGGAAGAUUUUGCAACCUAUGGAGCCCUGUAUGAGAAAUCUGGUUUUGAAACUGCAUUACAAGUUCCUUACAGGGCCACUGGAGGAAGUUCGAAUCUGCAAGAUCCAAAAAUUGAAGUUCCAGCGUUGUUCAUCAUGGGUGAGAAGGACUAUGUGUUUAAAUUCCCCGAAACUGAAGACUACAUAAGGAGUGGUAGAAUAAAAGAUUUUGUACCAGAUUUGGAGAUAAAGUAUAUCCCGGAAGGAAGCCAUUUUGUGCAGGAGCAAUUCCCUGAUGAGGUGAAUCAACUUCUGCUUAGCUUCCUCAGCAGCCAUGGUUAAUCCUGAUCCCAUACACUAUUAUAAGAUGGCUCUUCGGAUGUACUUGAAGUUCUUCUUAAAUUGAUUUUCAGAGGUAUUAUCAGGCUGAUGACUAAUCACAUAUCUGUAGUUUCAGCUCCGGCAUCUAUGUUUAUGAUUCUGUGAACACAACCAUCACUUCUAUUUCUCAAGUUUCGGUCUUUAGCAUUAGCGGAA